AUGGUUCUCGAUGUCAUCCACCCUGCCCGCCCCAACGUCUCCAAGGCUGAGCUCUCGGAGAAGCUCUCGGAGAUGUACAAGACGCCCAAGGAGCAGUGCAUCGUCUUUGGCAUGCGAACCGCCUUUGGUGGUGGACGCUCCACCGGCUUUGCCCUCAUCUACGACUCGCGCGACUCGAUGAAGUUCGAGCCCAAGCACCGCCUCGUGCGCGUCGGCCUCGCCGAGAAGACCGAGAAGGCUUCGCGAAAGCUGCGCAAGGAGCGCAAGAACCGUGCCAAGAAGGUCCGUGGUGUCAAGAAGACCAAGGCCGGCGAGGCUGCCAAGAAGAAGUAA